AUGUAUCAUGCAAGUAAAAGAUUGCAGGCAAUUCGCCAACAACUGAAACAAAUGAAUGAACAGUAUAGAAAUGGUGUAGAUGAAUUUGAACCCGUAACAAUAGCAGAACCUGACGCCAUCUCGGAAAAUAGGAAUGAAAAUGCGCAUGAGAUCAGUGGAGCUGGGGUUUCCAAUAUUGGCUAUUCUACUGCUAUGUCUAUAGAAAACCAGAAAGAACAGGUGUCUAGCAGCUUAAAUAUAAAUAUCGGUGCGGAUCUAGGAUCUUUGGUGGAAUGUACUACGAGUGAAGUUGCAGAAAUUCCUCUGUCUGAAGAGAUUCGAUGUGCAAUAUUUGAUAUGGAGGACCUGAAUGACGUAGACAAUGUCAUAGGUAAUGUGAUGAACUCCGUACUAGUGGAAUCACCUUUUGACAAAGACCUACAAUCUGUUGUACAGACCGGUAAUUCUUCAAAUAGCUCCACCAAUGGGCAUUGCCAUACCCAUGCCCAAACCAAGGAAGGUAAAAAUCCAUUACCAGGAAAGAGUACCAGGAAUACAAGGAUUAUUAAGGAGGAAGAAAACUGGAGAAAAGAGCGGAAAAAGAAGGACCAACAUAAUAUAAUUGAACGGCGCCGUCGAUACAACAUAAACGACAGAAUUAAAGAAUUGGCAACUCUCCUUCCAGCAAGCGUGCCCCACAACCUUAAGCAGAACAAGGGAUCCAUUUUGAAAGCGUCUGUGGAAUAUAUGAAGGAAUUAAUGAGGGACAAAAGCAGUUUGCAGAAGUUGGAGGAACACCAAAAGUCCAUGAAUUCGAAAUAUCAAAAACUGCUCAUCAGAAUUUUUCAACUGGAAUUAAGAUUGAAACUGUAUGGUUUGUCAGAGGAGUUAGACUACUCUAGAGUCAAAAAGAAAAAGAAGCCAAAGAAACGUAUAUCCGAAAUUAAUGCUAUGGUAGAGGAUCUUAUUAAACAAGGCAUGCCGGAAAUUCUUGAGCCAACACCAAAUACCUCAAUACCCCCUUGCAAGAGAACCAAAGACGGCGCUUUGCUGCCAAAUAUCAAGCAAAGGUUCAUGCCACAUACUAAGUUAAACUUACGACAGCAUCUCAAGAAGAAAAUGUCUGAAGGAGGUCACUCUUCUAUACAAAGUGAUGACAGUACACUGGAAGUUGGAUUGACUGACCAGGUUAAGCAUCUGAAAAAGCAGAAAAAAGAACCAAUUUCCCUUCCACUUCAUUCAGACAAUGUUAUCACGGAAGGAUCUAAUGAGCAAAGCGAUUCUGUUUCAUUUCCCUAUAUAUAUACAAAUAACGACAAAGCAGAUUCUGAUAUUAAUGAAGAGGAUGGAAUUUUGGAAUUGUCGACAGAAGAAUGCAGCACUUUGCUUGAUCUGUUUGAUAAUAAUCAGAACGAAGAUGAACCCGUCUUUAAUACGAACUUCUUGCCUAAAUCAUACGAGGCCUCUGCAAACCAAGGGUGCUUGUCGCCAUUAACGUCUACGUGCAACAUGUUGGAAAGUUUGCUGAGAAAGCAAGACACGGCUUCCGAAUGCAGCUCCAGAUCGAGUGGAUUGGAGGAUUCAACCGAGAGCGUGACGGGCUUACGUUAG